AUGCCUAAGCACGCUUCAAUCGCGAAAAAGGCGGCGGCCUUUGCGUUGCUCUUCGCAUUCGCCCAUGCUGCGCCGUCAGUUCAAGUAGAGCUGCGGGCAGCAUUCGCAGCCCCUCCAUAUCUGGUAGAAUUACUUGAGACUGCUGCCAACGAGAAUGCAACAUCGUACUUCUAUUUGCUAGAUAAAAUUGCCGACGGCCACUUCGACUCCUCAACGACAGAUCAGGCGCUCUAUACGAACUUCCGGUCUCUUCUUCUGAGCGAUGGACACCUCGGGAAAGAAGCGCUAUCGGCAUUCGACUAUGGCCUGUCGAUUCAUUCGGCCGCGCCUCGUAUUGAGGCCCAUUAUCAAUUUUACAACACUUCCGUAUCACCUUCAAUACCGGAAGAGAAGGAUAACUUGUGUUCGAGCUGGGCAUAUGUUCCGUUCACUGGACAAAGAUUCUGCUCUCCAGAUCUGAGUGAGCAAUCCGCCAAGAAGCAUGGAAGCGCUGGGGAGCAGCUUCAUGAGCUGCCGUUUGAUCGUAUUCUGGGCGAAGAACAGAGUGAGCGUCCAUCAAUUCUAUAUGCAGACAUCACCUCGGAAUCGUUCCGAACAUUUCACAAGACUUUGAGCAAGACUGCGAAAGAGGGAAAGACUUCGUAUCGAGUUCGACAUCGAGCACCGUUGAACGUAGAAGAUCGACCUCUUGCUGUCAGUGGAUAUGGUGUAGAAUUGGCGCUCAAACGGACCGACUAUAUCGUGAUCGACGAUAGAGAGACGGGAGAGGCGUUCAAGGAGAAUGCAGCAGGAGAGGUGAAGCUGAAUGAAGAAGAAGUCGCUGAUCUUCGACCUCUUUCAACGUCAGAAGUGCAAACCUUGUCUCUGAAAGCUGCAUCUUUCGUCAUGGGAAGCGACGAUCCAUUCGAGACGCUGCUUCGACUAACGAGGGACUUCCCGAAGCACACAAGCUCAAUCGCAUCUGCUGAACUUUCCGACGACUUCGUUGAAGAGCACAAGAGCAACAGGAAGUUAUUGAUCCCGGCUGGCUACAAUAUUGUUUGGAUCAAUGGCGUUCAGAUCGUGCAACGCGACUUUGAGGCGUACGCUCUUUUGGAGUCUUUGCGACAUGAACGAAAAUUGAUCAACGGUCUACAAUCGCUAGGAUUGACAGGGCCUGAGGCCAUCGAACUUCUGUCAUCUCCGUCCAUUACCCUUUCACAGAUCGGGAAAGAGACGCAACGCUUUGAUUGGCGCGAUGAAGCCGAGGGCGGGAAUGUCAUCAUCUGGCUGAACGACCUCGAGAAAGACAAACGCUAUGCCGAAUGGCCUUCGAGUAUCAGAGCCAUUUUUCAACGAACAUACCCUGGUCAGCUACCGUCUGUUAGGCGGGAUAUCCACAAUGUCGUCCUUCCGAUCGACUUUUCCGACUUCACCGACGUCGAGCUCGCUGUGGAAACCCUUCAAAAUUUCGUCAAGCGCAAGAUCCCGAUCCGGUUCGGUAUUGUGCCAAAGACUCACACUGCAGCCAGCAAAGAGCAAGCAAAGGUUGUCCGCUAUCUCACUGAUCGAUAUGGACUUACCGCUGCUCUUCUGUAUCUGGAAUCAUAUUUGAAAGGAUCGAGUCGUAAGACUUUUGUUCCUGAGGCCAAGGCCUUGCAGACUGCGAUGCAAGAUCGCAAACUUCGCGUUGGCCGCACGGUUCUCACUCUCGGGGAGAUUCUGACAGACGUUGGACUUGAGGCCCAGAUUGAGGCUGCAAGCGCGUACGCACGUCGUUUCGGCAGCAUCGAAGCACCCCCGGUAUUGUGCAACGGCGUUCCGAUUGCCUAUACCGAGACCUGGAUGCAGACCAUGAGCCAGCAGGUUGGUCAAGACUUUCAAGAAUUACAGCAAGCGAUCAUGAGCGGAGGUCAGGAGGACGAUUUCUCCGUCCCUCAGAUUUUCCUUGCGAAUGCAGCCCUUCGUAGGAAUGCAUAUAUUGUUCCCGAAGAUGAAAAGGAAAUUCGUCAUCUCAACCUGGGUGAUUUCCCAGAACUUGCUGAACUUCCCACUGUUCCGGCAAAUCUCGAAACAACCGAGAAAGACUUUGUCCACCUCACCGUUGCGGCCGAUGUUGACACGGUAGAGGGUUUUGAGCAAGUCCUUGACGCGCUACUCUUCCAGCGGGCGCACGACAACGUGGAACUCGCGGUAUUGCACAUCUCUGGGUCUUCCGACGAUGCAACUCGGUCAAAAGCUCUGUUGAGCAAGCAAUACCUUGACCUCCUAGGCAAGGGUUACGAUGCUGCUGCGGCGAGACUGGUUGGCGAACGUCCGGUCGACGACGCGACCAGACGAUUGAUUUAUCAGGAUCUGUGGACUCUCGAUACCACUACGUUCUCGCAUGAUGACAAUGAGCGUUCAGGUUCCGACUGGAAGCGAUUUGGCAAGCUUGUGACGGCAAUUAAAGUAUCAACCAAGUCAAAAGUUCUUCUUAUCAAUGGCAGAAUUGUCGGCCCCAUUCCCAACGAAAUCGCAUUCACCGCUGACGACUUUGAGACGUUGGUCGCAUUUGAACGCACGAAGCGAUUGGGUCCAGCAGCAGAUGCGAUUGAAGGGAUGGACUUGAAGAGUAAGGCUUCAACUCCUUUGAAGUUUGCUUUGUUCUCAAAUCUGCUUGCAAUCUCGACUGUCUCGGACGUCCCCGAAGGGUUCUUCGAGGCCGCUCCCACAGUGCGCAAUGCCGCUUUUGACAAAUGGGAAUCGAAACACACGUCCAUCCAGAUGGGAGACCGUGAGACUGCCAGUAUUCGGGUCGUAGUCUCACUCGAUCCGGCGACAGAGACCGCACAACGCUGGGUGCCGAUCAUCAAGGUCUUAUCUGAGAUGGAGGGUGUCCACGUUGCACUUUUCCUCAACCCUCGAGAUCAACUCAAAGAGCUUCCAGUCAAACGAUUCUACCGACAUGUCCUCAAUUCUAAGCCUGAGUUCGAGGCUGACGGUUCUUUGAAAACUAUUCAAGCCCAGUUCGACGGUCUGCCAUCAGACGCGUUGCUCAACAUGGGCAUGGACUUGCCACCGUCAUGGUUGGUCGCACCUAAAGUGACUGUCCACGAUCUGGACAAUAUCAAAUUGAGCGCGGUCAAAGGUGCAGCGAAGAUCGAGGCCAUCUACGAACUCGAGCAUAUCCUCAUCGAGGGACAUUCGAGGGAUGCGUCAUCCGGACAGCCGCCGCGUGGAGCCCAGCUGGUCCUUGGAACCGACCGGAAUGCCCACUUUGCAGACACAAUCAUCAUGGCCAAUCUCGGCUAUUUCCAAUUUAAAGCCAACCCGGGCAUCUACGAUUUGAAACUUCAAUCGGGCCGUAGCGAAGAGAUCUUUGCCAUUGACAGCGCUGGAUCACUCGGCUAUGGAGUACAUCCCGGUGACAAUACUACCGAGAUUGCAUUGAUGAGUUUCCGAGGAGUGACCUUGUACCCUCGGCUCUCACGCAAACCCGGUAUGGAGAGCGAGGAUGUGCUGGAAGUCUCCAAGACCACGUUUGAGAAUCUGGCCGAUGGUGCUGAACAACUGUUCAACCAGGCCGGACUGCCAGAUGCGAGCAAGUACCUCUCCAAAGCAGCCAAGUUUGGUGCUGGACUGCUCCCCGGAGGUGGGAAGGCGUCAUCUGGACACGCCGACAUCAACAUCUUCUCGGUUGCGUCGGGACACCUUUACGAACGUAUGCUCAACAUCAUGAUGCUGUCAGUCACGAAGCAUACUAAACACAGCGUCAAAUUCUGGUUCAUCGAACAGUUCCUGUCCCCCUCUUUCAAAGACUUUUUACCUUUUCUGGCGUCCGAGUAUGGGUUCCAAUACGAGAUGGUGACCUACAAAUGGCCGCACUGGCUGCGCGGACAGAAAGAGAAGCAGCGCGAAAUCUGGGGCUACAAAAUCCUGUUCCUGGACGUUCUGUUCCCAUUGGACCUCGACAAGGUCAUCUUCGUCGACGCCGAUCAGAUCGUGCGUACGGACAUGUACGAGCUCGUGCAGCACGACCUGCACGGCGCCCCCUACGGCUUCACGCCGAUGUGCGACUCUCGUGUCGAGAUGGAGGGCUUCCGGUUCUGGAAACAAGGCUACUGGAAGAACUUCCUCCAGGGCCUGCCCUACCACAUCUCCGCGCUGUACGUGGUCGACCUGAAGGAGUUCCGGCGCAUCGCGGCCGGCGACCGACUGCGCCAGAACUACCACGCGCUCUCCGCCGACCCCAACAGCCUAUCCAAUCUGGACCAGGACCUGCCCAACCACAUGCAAUCCAUGCUGCCGAUCCACAGCCUGCCCCAGGAAUGGCUCUGGUGCGAGACCUGGUGUUCGGACGAAAGCCUCAAAGACGCCAAGACCAUCGACCUCUGCAACAACCCCCAGACGAAGGAGCCCAAACUGGACCGCGCCCGCCGCCAAGUCCCCGAAUGGACCGUCUACGAUGACGAAAUCGCGGCCGUCGCCCAGAGACAUAAGCAUAAGCUGACCGCAGCGGCGAACGCCUCGGCGAGGACCCCGGUCACCGGUGGCAGCGCCGGAGGAGCAAGCGGGGAGAGUAUCCAGGAGGUUCUGCAGAGGGAGGAUGCCAAGAGGGAGGAGCAGGCCAAGCAGAAGAGUGCGGGCGCCGCGCCACCGGAUGGGAAGAAGGUUCAUGAGCACAACGAGUUAUAA